AUCCAGCAACAGUACAUAGAGACACAAUACAAGGAUUCUCAUUGUUAUCCCCAAAAAUCCAACAUUUAUCCUUUCAUCUCUCAUCUUUACCUUAUCAAAAUCCAAACAACCUCUGCACAAAUGAGAGAAAUGGCGGUUGUCGUACGCUGUUCCUGUUUCCUCUCUCCUCCUCACUCAACACUCCCUCAAUUCUGCUCCAACAACACCAAUCUUCACCUUUCAGGAAAAUUCACUUGUCUUUCUUUAAAAGUAGACAAGGUUGUGCCACUCUUUAAAGAUGCUUUUCAUGUAACUUCUAAAACUCCAACUGUGCUUCAUUGUUCAAACUGUAAGGAAGACAUGCCUCAAAGAUUCCCUUUGCCGUUGUUUCUUGCGAGCAACAUUUUGAUGUUUUCGAUGCCUUGUAAAGCUUUGGCUGAAACAUGUGAAGCUGAUAACUCUAUGUUCAAUAUGCCUAUACUGCUAGCAGUAGCACUCAUUGGAGCCACGGUAGGAGGUUUGGUCGCAAGACAAAGGAAAGGAGAAUUGCAGCGGUUAAACGAGCAGUUACUCCAGAUCAAUGCAGCUUUAAGGAAGCAAGCGAAAAUUGAAUCGUAUGCUCCGACUUUGAGCUAUGCUCCCAUUGGUGGUGGUAGAAUACCUGAUAGUGAAAUUAUUGUUGAUCCAAAGAAACAAGAACUGAUUUCCAAGUUAAAAAGUGGAAAGAACUUUCUAAGGAAUCAACAGCCAGAUAAAGCGUUCACGGAGUUUAAGUCUGCGCUCGAGCUUGCACAGAAUAUUAAGGAUCCUAUCGAGGAGAAAAAAGCGGCUCGCGGUCUAGGAGCUUCAUUGCAAAGACAAGGAAAGUACCGAGACGCUGUUAAAUACCAUUCCAUGGUUUUGUCGAUCUCCGAAAGAGAAGGAGAAGAAUCUGGAAGCACAGAAGCUUUUGGAGCAAUUGCAGAUUGUUACACUGAGCUUGGAGACCUUGAAAAAGCAGGACAAUACUAUGACAAGUAUAUUGCAAGGUUGGAAAAGGACUAAUCCUUACUCCAAAUGUUCUACAUUUCUUCUUAUUCACAAUAUUUUUCAUGCAUUUUAUUCUAAGUCAAUGUUUUUUUGAGUUCAUUAUUUUGUUAUUGUUAAGCUAUUAUUGAGAUUGUAAAGUUGAUGUUAUAACUUAUUUUGAAGGAGAGUUUAAAACUAGAGAUAAUGUUUAUCUUCAAUUUCUAGUUUGUGGAAUGAGGCAAAACUGAUUUUAAGAGAAUCACAAAUUUGGUCCAUGAAAGAUGUGAUUGUUACAACUUAA